AUCUCUUUAUUUACAGCGCAACAACCCGUAGUUUUCUCUGUCACUGAGGAAGAAGAAGAGGAAGAAGAUGUCUCGUACUCACUUAUGGCUGGCGCUAGUCAUAGCGCUGGUCACACUCGCCAAAAACCAGUGUGAAGCGGCACCGGAGAUCGCCUCGGCCGACUUGCCGUUGGAGGCUAGAAACGGCGACGCUGACUCAGCAGAAGACGAUACACUCAUAUCUACCAGCUAUGUGCUACCCAAUCAGAUCUUCAACGACGGCAAACCGUAUUACGCAAGCAAAGAUCCCAUUUCGGGGCAAUUGGACUUUAGCGCCAAGAAACCGGCGGGCAUUGAGACCGCUGCGAAUGAGGUGUUCGAUCCGAAAGAGAAAAUUGUGAUGUCGAGUAAUGCGCCGAACAUACACGACUAUCUUAAUCUGCCCGUGAAGUAUUCAUCAUCGAAAUUCGUUUAUCCGCUGGUAUCGAGCUCUUAUGCCAAUCUCAAGUAUCAGGGCAGCAACAAGAAUUACAUAACGAACAAGAAACCUACAUCGGUUGUGGCCACACCGGUGACACCAGCGCCCAGCCAUAAUUAUUACACCAUACCCACAACGAAGCUGAUGGCUGUGCCGCCCACAGCGCCGGGUCUGCAUAGUAGUAGUGGAAGUAGUAGCGCAACAGCGGUAUCUACUUCAACGACUAGUACGACCUCCAGCACAACCACUACAACUUCGAAGAAACCCACAACUGCUACUUCAACAACAGCGACAAAAGCAAGCAGCACUUCUACUAUACCUCCAACUACAAGCACGACAACAACAACGUCAACUUCGACCACAACCACCGCCGUGCCGAGCUCACCAAAAUAUACAACAUCUACGCGCAAACCCUUCCCACCAUUGCUUUCGACGAGCAUACCCCAAGUGUUUGACAGCAGCACACGCAAAAAGUUCAUUCCAACCAAGAAGUACAUCACUUCAACAACCACUACUAGUGCCACACCCGCAACGCCUAUGCGCUUCCCGGACCAGACAGCUGUAAACACCACUGGUAUACCAAAACCUACAACGACCGGCAGUGUUUCGUAUACGACACGUGCUCCGAGCAGCCUAGCUACCACAACCCACUUCGUGCCGAGCACCAAGCAACCCAUAAUUUUCACCGAAGAUCCCAGUGGCCAGCUGACUUCGGCGCUACCUACACCAGUGCACACACAUGUGCCAGAGCUCAAUAUUGCUGAUGUUUAUCAGACACUUGGGCAAAAAAAUACCGAACAGAAGGUGGAGCAGAAGCCAUCGAUGUCCUUAGCUGAUAUAUUUAACAGUCUCGCCGAUGAGGAGUCUGCGGUGGCCUCGCAAAACCAGGGUAGUCAGGGCUUUGAUGCUCAGGGCAACUAUAUGCAGCCAAUUUCACUUGCAAAACCAGCACCAUUCGCUAUGCAACAGCAACACCAACAUCAGCAACACCAUCAACAACAGCAACUCCCAUCACAGCAGCAGCAAUAUAAUCAAAAACAACAACACCAACAACAGUUUCAACGUCUGCCGCAACAACCUACUCACCCUACUUACCAAACUCAUCCCACAUAUCCCACCCACGGCACAACACCCCUACCAGGAGCCACUGGCGAAGGUGGGAAGGUCAUUUCAGGCAGUAAGGAGAACUAUAGCGGCGAGUAUGUCUCAUAUCAGGUGCAACAACCCAACGUCAUGCAGUACCGUCCAGCUCCUGGUGCCAUCAAUAAUGUUGUUAUCUCACCCGGACAACAUUCGGCUUCCUUCGUUUUGGGCUCUCAGCAGCAAGUUGGUAGUGCUGCUUUUGGUUCUGUAGAGAAGGAGCCGCUAUUCUCAAAGGAUCCCCCUGUGCAAUAUGGUACGGUGAUUAGUGAAGACAUCAGUGCACUAAGCCGACCUGCUCAAGGUGCAUCAUCAUCAACAGGCACUUAUCCACCCGGUGCACAGAGCGUCUCAAACUUCCAUCAAAAUGGUAACUUUGGUGCUAGUGUAGCUGGUCCCACACCACCUUAUGUUCAACGUCCAAUGGGUACGAAUGCACCCACUGUCACCUAUUCCGAGGAGCCACCAGCCGCACCAUCACUAUAUCAACAACUCCCACUCAUCGGUUCAAACCUUCGACAACGCAAACCACCCAAGCCAUUGGCACUGCCACAGACGGCACAGAAUAAUUAUCAGCCUACAGCCCCUACACAGACUCCUGUUAGCCAGGUGACAGCCUCCACAGAAAGCAAUGGUGCCCAAGACACAAAGGAGCUGCUCGUCUCAACCAACAUACGCUUCCCAUCGAACGAAGAACAAUCCAAUGAAGAACAUUCCGUGCCUGUGAUCGCCGGUCCCCCAGCCGGCCCGCAAGUAAAUGGUCAUGCGCAGCCCUUAAGUCUCCAACAACUACAGAAUGCCAACAAUGUCGUAUUUCCGAAGGGCAGCGAAGAUGAAAUGAGUAAUGUAGCCGGUGGUGUUAGCAACGCAGACGUGCUGAUCCAGAAGCAUGAGGUACUCACUAUGAACCAGCACAAACAGAAAUUGAGCUUCCCACCAACUCAGCUGGAUCAAAACACUCCAUCCCAACACAUGGAGCCGCCACCACGCUUCCCACCGUCCGUCGCCAACGCCAUUCCCGAACAAACCGAGUUACACAAACGUCCUCAGCUGCCUAGCCGCCCAGCUGGACCAUCAUCUUCGUUUGCUUACAACGACUAUACUAGGAAACCAAUACCGGGCAUAACUCGCCCUAACCCAGAACGUCAUCUCCCUAAUAUUUUACCACAAUUUCGUCCCAACGCCAAGAUCUCUUCAGGACACUCACCAGCGCAGAACUUCAAUCAAGAACCGGGAAACAUACGCAUAUCUGGUCAAACGUUGAAACGGCCUAACAGCUCACCACAGUUCGCGCAUCGUCGUCAACCUCUUCUACAACAACAAAUGCACCGUUAUCCACUCAAUCGCGCUGCUGACUUCGGUCCGGGCUCGCCACUACCUUCUGAAGCCAAUCGUCGCGUCUAUCGCUUACCACCCUACGGUGGUCAAGGAGUGCAGUAUCUAGACCGUAUGUACCCAAGGCGUCCCCUACCUGCACCACAACGUGGUGUAGAUAAUUACGAAAGGCAUGCUGCUGCUUCGAACCCUGAAAUGUAUAAGACCAUUAUGGCACCAGAACGUCUGGCUGCAUUUGAAGAGGAAGAUCUCGUUAUUAACGAUCCACCGCAACCAGUUUCUCCCGAACAGGAAGAACAGCCCGUUGAUAAGACGAAACUCGAGCCAGUUGUAACUUUACAGAUGCUGCAGUCCCAAAAGAAGCCGUUAUCGCUGCCUAACGACGACACUGGUUCCGGUGAGAUACAAGUAACUGCCGCUUCGGAGCAAACGGAGUCACAAAUCGAUGGUAUUGCUGGUCAAAAUGGUCUCUACGUGGUAUAUCCCUCAAGAGGAGACAAGACGACGGCUAACAGUGAUAUAGCCGAUAUUAAGGAGCAACUUCCCGCUAUUGCACAUGUGGAGCCACCCACAGGCAGCGACUAUCAGAAUACACCUUUCUCGGUGGUGCGUGAUCAGCCGCAGGAACCCAUACUGAAAAACAAAAAGCCACAAUCGCUACAACAGCAGACCAAGUCUGCCCAAUUGGUGAAAGACAAAUUUCCAUAUCCCAUUGAAAAGCCAGAUCUCUCCUAUUCGGAAUUAAACGCACCCCUGCCUGCGACUGUUAUCGGCCCACGCAUCAUUAGCGGCACAUAUGGUGUGGGCAUACCCGACACACCCAUCGCUAUAGCGUACAGCCCAACCGAGCCGAGUCCAUAUCGUCGAACAGGUGUCAAUAAUGCGCAACGUUUCUCGAAUGUCAAUCUCGCGUCAUCUGUAAUCAGCGAAAUACGCACCGACACUCAAACCGAGGAGGGAAUCAACAACGACUUUGAUAUGCGCGGUCAGAAUUUAGAAAAGAAUUUCAUGGCGCCCUUCUACCCGAGUGUCAGCCUUGGCAGUGCAACCAAUGCGCCCUCGAACGGAUGGAAUAUAUUGCCCUCGACUACGGAACAGACAAUUUACGAGAAGAACAAUAUCAACCGUGCCGAUGUGGGUGAAACCGCGGAGUACUCAGAGACGACCACUGCGAAGACAUUCGAAAUCGACAGCUUUCAACCGGAGUUACAGGGCGGUUUCAAACCCAUUUAUCCACCGGGAUAUAAAGUAGAAGAAGAAGGCGCUCAUGCGGAAGAACGCAAAGAAUUGUUUGCCGAUGAGAAUGACAAGCCACUGGCGCUUGCUAGUUACAUGCGCCCACAGAGUGAAGAAGACGUCGCACCAGUGCAAGCAAGUGCCUCAACUAGCAGCACUUCAACAACUACAACGACCACUUCAACAACCACCACCACCACCACUAGCACCACGCCGAAACCCGCAACCAGCAACAGCACCGAGAGACCUAAAAAUACCGGCACGCCGAAUAAAACAACAACCAGUGCAGAGAGUGUCAACGCCAGCACCAGCGCAGCGGCAACGAGCGAUAGCAACAACGCGGUGAAAGUGCAGACAACAAAAGCACCCUCAUCAACGAAAAAGAAGUCAACAUUCGAGACGAGCUUAGCCGCUCUACUCUUCGGCGACGAUGAGGAGUUCGAGGAGGAUGUUGGCGGCGAAGCACGGAAGCAACAGCAGCAGUCGCAACAACCACUAUCGGCGACUGUGGAGACGAAAACAGUUAGUGCGGGACCACGUACGGGUGCGGGUGCGCCCCGCAUGGGACCAAGAAGUCUGAAGAUCAGAUAAAUUCAAAGAAAAAUGUUGGUGGGUUAGGCGCAUUUUAGGUAGUUAGUUCCCCAUCCCCGGCCCAAGUACGGAAAGUGGGUUCCAGAUUAGUCCGAAAUUAGCAAUUAGCACAGUAAAUACAUACAUACUCAUAUGGUAUGUUGUUGUUUGUGGAAAUCUAGUUUAGCUUAUUACUUUCGGUAAUAACUGAAUGAGCAAAUCUUACUGAACUCUUCAAUACGCUUUAAUCAAGAUUCCCGCACAAAACAUAUUUAUAAUAUUUUUUAAGAAAUACAGUUGCAAUUAUCAAUACAUACCAUACCCGAAUACAUAUAUACGAGUAUAAAUAUACUAAUAACAUUCGAAUGCGUGAGAAUUAUGCGAAAACGCUGAAAUAAAGGGUGAGACAAUAGCAUUUAGUGUGACUUUUGUGAGUCUGAUUCGAAAAUUAUGGACUUUGGCUGCAAGCAAAUCGUUCGUUCGUUCGUCCGUUCAUACAUACAAGUACAUACACACAACGCACACAAAUAUAACUUUAUUUUGUUGUUUGUUUGUUUCUUAUUGGACUCCCGAAUCGUCGCACAACCAAUUUUUAUGUAAUUAACAAAAGCAGAAAGUCGAUAAGAUUGAAGAAUAAGUAAAUAGUAAAUACUUCAACAAAUAAAAUAUGAAAAAAUAUUUA